AUGCAAAACCUGACUAUAAGCGAUCUGAACUCCUCCUCAGUAGCAGCCAGAACGUCCAUUAUCACUAAGAGAAGGGACAAUGAUGUAGGAACUUCAGGCUCAAGGUCUCGACAGAAUCCACGAAAGAGCACAAAUGUGCCCCUAUACAAUUCCAAGUCGUACAUACGGCGAACACAUCCUGAUGACCCCGCAGAAAAUAGCAUCCUGGCUGAUCUAUCCUAUAUACCUGAGCCUCUUAGCGUCUCCGCGGGCCCAACAGUCGCGUCAAAGGGCUCCAUUUUUUCAUCUACCGGUGUGACGUCAAUUCGCUUUGACACGGCUGCAGAGCGGUCACGGACAGACGAGGAGCUACAGGACUUGGUACAAAGGCUUCAAACCGAAGUUCGAGAUCUUAAGAAAGCGCAUGCAGAUUGCGACAAAGAGCUUGAGGACCUCACGCAGCAGAUGCAACAGAUUAGAGAGGUCAUGGUCAGAUCAAAUGAGAGCAUGGUGCGUGCGUUGGACAGCUCGUGCUUUGUUGUCUUGCCAUGCCGUCAUUAUGUAAUGGUUGAUAAAAAGAUUUCAACGCUCACUAACUCUAAGUGUCCAAAGUGCAAUAUCCACGUCACAGAAUCAUAUUUAGUAAAGCAUAAGUGA